AUGGAACAUAGGAAUGCAUCUUUAGAUACCUUCUUUCAUGAGACGAGAGCUGGAAAGCAUGUACCCAGAACACUUUUCAUGGACCUAGAACCAACUGUUAUAGAUGAAAUCCGCGUGGGGAAGUACCACUCACUCUUCCACCCAGAACAACUUGUGAAUGGAAAGGAGGAUGCUGCAAACAACUACGCACGAGGCCGCUACUCCGCAGAACAAUGCAGUGGACUCCAGGGAUUUUUGAUUUACCGAAGCUUUGGAGGAGGCACAGGGUCAGGAUUUACAUCUCUCUUGAUGGAGCGGCUCUCCGUAGAGUAUUGCAAGAAGACAAAAUUGGAGUUCUCUGUCUAUCCAUCUCCUAGAAUCUCCACUGCUGUGGUAGAACCAUACAACGCCAUCCUCACCACUCACUCCACCAUAGAAUACUCAGACUGUGUCUUCAUGGUGGACAAUGAGGCUGUGUACGACAUCUGCCACCACAAACUUGGUGUUGAACGUCCUACCUAUGCUAGUAUCAACAGGCUGAUUGCUCAGGUGUUGUCUUCUAUUACUGCUUCCCUGCGUUUUGAAGGACCUUUGAAUGUGGACUUAAUUGAAUUCCAGACCAACCUAGUGCCUUAUCCACGAAUACAUUUCCCCAUCACAACCCUUGCCCCCAUCAUCUCCACUGAAAAGGCGUAUCACAAGCAGCUCUCUGUGCCUGACAUCACUGCUUCUUGCUUUGAGCUCUCCAACCAGUUGGUCAAGUGUGAUCCCAGGCAUGGGAAGUACAUGGCUUGCUGCUUACUAUACAGAGGAGAUGUGGUUCCUAAAGAUGUAAAUGAAGCAAUUGCAGCCAUGAAGUCUAGGACCUCUGUUCAGUUUGUUGAUUGGUGUCCAACUGGUUUCAAGGUGGGCAUCAAUUGCCAGCCACCUACAGUGGUGCCAGGAGGGGAUCUAGCCAGGGUUCAGCGUGCUGUGUGUAUGUUGAGCAACACCACAGCAAUUGUGGAAGCAUGGGCCCGCCUAGACCACAAAUUUGACCUCAUGUAUGCCAAGAAGGCAUUUCUGCACUGGUAUAUCACAGAAGGCAUGGAGCUUGGGGAGUUUGUUGAGGCCAGGGAAGAUCUGGCUGCUCUGGAAAAAGAUUAUGAAGAAGUGGGGCUGAGUUUCUGA